AUGAGCGUCGAAAGCUAUCUUCCCUGUGAUGUUGUUCCGGUGGAGAAUUUAACUGCGUCGCUUAACCAAACCGAUCGUUACGAUACGCUGUGCGUAAUCGAUGGAACCGCACUACCGAAGGAAUUGGUGCGUCAAAUCGAUGAGCAGAAAAAGUUCGAUGCGGGUAUUACUUCGGAAGUGAGCUGCUUCCGCCUUCAGCUCGAUAAAGAUACGGUUCGUGUGGUGUACAACUGCGUUGGGGAGUUGACAGAUUUCGACGAUGUGCGUCGGUACGCGGAAGCGGCGGCUGGCGCUUUGCGCAGAGCAUUGAAAGCCGGUUCAAAGUAUCCGGUGCUUUUGCUGCCCAUUCCUAACGAACGCUUCCCGAAUGCGUCUAUCGUGGCCCUGCUGGGUGCUCUGCACGAGCUAUACGUUCCACUGCAGCUGCGCGAAGAUGUGCCGGCUAGAAGUCAUCGUUUUAGGAAAAUUGGUGUGUACUUUGAAUCGCACGCACAUAAACUACCCGAUCUGUUACGUAUGGUGCAAACGGUGGAAGCUGGUCGGUUUGUAGCUCGCGAUAUCGGUGGUGGCGAUCCGGAGCGUAUGGCACCGCCACGUGUUGCCGACUAUGUGCUGCACGCGUUCAAAUCGGGCCCGGUCAAGGUUACCGUCGUCGAUGAUCCGCGCGUGUUCGAGCGCGACUAUCCACUGUACCAGGCUGUGAACCGUGCGGCAGGGACGGUCGAACGGCACCGUGGCCGAAUCAUCUUCCUCGAGUACAAGCCCCCGAACCCGGCACGCAAAACGGUUGUGCUGGUCGGUAAGGGUGUGACGUAUGACACCGGCGGUGCCGAUAUCAAGGCGGGCGGCAUCAUGGCGGGUAUGAGCCGUGACAAGUGCGGUGCAGCGGCUGUGGCCGGCUUUAUGAAGGUGGUCGAGCAGCGCCAACCAGCCGACGUGCAUGCCAUUGGCGUCCUCUGCAUGGUGCGCAAUUCGGUCGGCGAAGAGUGCUACGUGUCGGACGAAAUGUUGACCUCCCGCGCUGGGGUGCGGGUCCGCGUCGGCAACACCGAUGCCGAGGGUCGCAUGGCCAUGGCGGAUGCACUUUGUCAGAUGAAGGAACGCGUGUUGGCCGAAGGUCUGCCCGAUCCGCACCUAUACACGAUCGCCACACUUACCGGGCACGCCGUGCUGGCCGUCGGUAAUAGCGCCAUCGUCAUGGACAAUGGUCCGGCACGGGCCGUCGAUCAUGGGUUGCAGCUGCAGCGUGCCGGAGAAGCGGUUGGUGAUCCGUUCGAGAUAUCCGUUCUGCGCCGCGAGGACUUUGAUUUUCACAAAGGCAAAUGUUACGGUGAGGACGUACUGCAGGCAAACAAUCUCCCAUCCAGCAGAACUCCCCGAGGACACCAGGGACCAGCGGCAUUUUUGAUGCUUGCCACCGGGUUGGACAAAUGCGGACUGGGAUCUUCUCAUCCGAUCAAGUAUUCCCAUCUCGACAUCGCAGGCAGUGCCGGAGACGUUCCUGAUACACCGACCGGAUCACCCAUUCUGGCCCUAGCGCAGGCUCACCUGAACAUAGUUUAG